CAACCUGGUGAUGAAAAAUGUUUUAUUCCUAAUGCAUUUGUCGACUUUACAGGCAAUUAUGGAGUAACUGAAGUUUACAAGUUAAAGGCUCAGAGAAAAUGUAUUUUAGCUCUUCCUAUUGAAUGUAAAAGCAAAUAAUUAAAGAGUUGUUCAAACAUACAGAUAAUCUUUUUGGUCAUACUUUUCCAAAGGUUUGCCCUUUGCUCUAAUCUCACCCUAACUGUCAUUUGUACAGACAAUGGGAAAGCUGCAGACUGAAACUCAAGACUCCAAAGUUAUCCGGCCUCAACCAGGCAUCUGUGUGAAAACGUCCUCAGAGACAGGCAAUGAGAAGGUUUUUAUUAACAUCUGCCAGUCAAACUCUGUCCCGCCCCCGCCUGAGCUCACCAGGGAGGAACUUGUGCAGCUGCUCCAGUCAGAAGAUCCCAGCGGCUACAGGGUUCCAAUGAGCCUGGGGGAGCCGCACACCGAGGUUGACAACAACUCUCAGGGAUGCACAGCCUAUGAUGUUAUCAUCAACCAGGACUUCUUCCAGAGGUGUCAGAAGGAUCCUUUAUUCCAGCAUUUUGUUAUACUGGUGUCUUUGGAGGGACUGGAGAAUAAAUACAGUCUGGAACUAAAUAGAGACUGGAAAGUUCUCAAAAACAGGAAAUUCCUGGGCUCUGUUAGUGAGCAGAACAUCCGGAUGAAGAGCAGGCCGGUGAUCCAAGAACUGCAGCCUAAGGAAAUCUCCACAGCAUGUGCUAAAAGACCAGAAUUCUCACUGUUUUUGGAGCCUCCUACUGGACACCCAGAGUACCUCAUUGCAGAGAUAAAGCUCCCUGGAGUGUCAUCAUCUCGCUCUCUGGUUCUUGACGUUGGAGAGGACCAGCUGGUCUUAACAGCUCUACCAUCGCUCUACCACCUUGACGUCUUCCACGCUUUCUUCGUUGACCAGGAGAACAGUGUGGCGCAGUACAACAAGAGCACACAGGUUCUCACUGUCACGAUGCCUGUGGUCUCAUCUGCUUCAUCAAGCUACUGAAGAAUGUCUACCUAUGUAUUUUUCUUACAAAAUGCUGUGAAUAUUAAAGUUUUUGUUAAAGUUA